AUUUCGCCAAACUGGCUCUCGGCAGCCUAUUAUCCUCUAAAGUGAAUUUUUCAGACUCGAGGCUUUGCAUCUUAAAUUACGAAUAUCGAUUCUGAAACUCACCUUUGAGCAAAAACGCGGCGGAAAGUAGAAAAACGAGGACGAAAUCGAGCCGAUGCAUCUUGUCGCCUUGUUGUUUUCUGCUGUCAGGUGAUUUUGAUUCGAGCUGCGCCGGCCUCCGGCAGAUGUCUCUGAAAACUACGGUGCCUGCAACGUAUGCUUUUUCAGCACAUCAUCGCCGUGCAGUCUGCGAAAACGAGAUGUCAAGCGACCUGAGUUUCUUCGAUAUGAAGGGCGGCUUUUACGGGGUGGCGACCGAUUUUGGCCGGUGGUGGCAGACGGUUCUCGAGGUGCACAUUGAGGUCACCCUGCCGCCCAACACCAGGGGCAAGGAGUGCCAGGUGGCGAUCACCACCACGCAGCUCUCUGUACUAGUGCGAGGAGAAACGAAAAUCAAGGGAAAACUGUUUGGGAUUGUGCGACCAGACGAGUCUGUCUGGUCCAUCGAGGGUGGCGUGAUGACCAUUCUUCUGGCCAGAAGUGACCACGCCAUCAAGGAGGUCAUCUGGCCUUCCCUGCUGGCUGAUGGAUCUUUUGCCCUGGACGCUGUUGCAGUCCAUGAAACUAGGAAGAAACUUGAUCUUGAGAGGUUCCAACUUGAGAACCCUGGCUUCAACUUUAGCAACGCAAGACUGGCCAAGUGCUACGACACAGUCAAGCCGCUUCCUACUGAAGAUGAUCAGUGAUGAGUACCAGCAUGUGUGUGUUCAAUUUUUUUAAAUAACUAAUAUGAAUAGUAACACUAAAAUAAUUUAAAUAAAACCCACUAAAAUGUAACAAAUUGGGAUUUUGUUUGAGUUUUCUCGCACACGCAAAAAGUCAAUCCAACUUUCAUUAAAAGCAGAUGCUUUACAAAAAACCAGCCGAAACCGGAAUUGUUAUCGUUCAGGGGCAAUAAAUUUUCCCUCGUUUAUGGCCGAAUUAAAAUUGUGUGUGCGUGUCUGGCAGAGGUGAGUUUGUUUAAACAGGGCUCUCCCUGAUCAGACAGUCUCGCUUCUACCAAAUAAUACAGUACAGCGAGUAUAUUGAUAGGCAAAGAAUCCACACUAGUGUGUGCGAGCACAUAUAGUGGCUUCCCUCCCAAGACUCCACAUUGCCUCACACAUUCUGUCAAUCCUCCUAAGAACAUGAAUGCCAUGAAUGCAAAAAAAAGUUUGUUUACUUCAGAAAAUCGCGAGGAAACCAGCUAUCAGAGAUUUUUUUGAUCAGG